AGUGUGACAGAGGAAUUGUGGAGAGGAAGUUGGUCAAACUAUAAAAACUGGAGACUUGUCUUGACUCAGGAGAUCUUCUCUGGCCAGAGACAAGAUCUCUUCUCGAGCUGAGGUGGGAAGGAGUAAAACGAGGUGGACAAUGCUUCCCUGCUUGGGGGGUGCCCUGACCUGCCUGCUGGCCCUGAGGACCUUUUCUGCAGCACAGGACCCGGCCCUAGACCAGGACUGGAAUGACUGGAAGAGCACCCAUGUCAAAGUGUACCGCCAGGGGGAAGAGAGUUUCCAGAGGGACAUCUGGGAGAGGAACCUGCGCCUGAUCCGGGAGCAUAACCGGGAGGCCGAUCUGGGGAACUACACUUACUGGCUGGGCAUGAACCACCUUGGUGAUCUGACUAGAGAAGAGUUUAAUCGGAAGCUGAACGGCCUCCGUCCUGAUCCGGCUGAACCUUGGGGAAGUAACGUGACCUGGCUCCAAGAAUCAGCCUCUCCAGAGGUCCCAAAGCAUGUGGACUGGCGCCCCAGUGGUUACGUUACACCAAUAAAAGACCAGGGCAACUGUGGCUCCUGCUGGGCCUUCAGCGCCACCGGGGCCCUGGAAGCUUUGCAUUUCAAGGAAACCAGGAGGCUGGUCUCGCUGAGCGAACAAAACCUCGUUGAUUGUUCCUGGGAACAAGGGAACGAGGGCUGCGAUGGGGGCUACAUGAACUGGGCGUUUAAUUACGUACGGGAUAACAAAGGCAUCAAUUCGGAGCACACCUACCCUUAUAAAGCUAAGGAUGGACCCUGUAGGUGCGACCCCCAGGACCGAGUGGUGAGGUGCGCUGGAUUAGUAAAUAUCACGAAGCACAGCGAGAGAGCUCUGGAACAGGCCGUGGCCAGAACUGGUCCUGUUUCCGUCGGUGUGGACGCUUCUGAAUUCAUGUUUUACCGAUCUGGAAUCUUUUUUCGCAAAGGAUGCGGCAAAUUCUUGAACCAUGGCAUGUUGGUGGUCGGCUACAGCUCCAUCACAGGAAACAAGAAAAUUAAGAAGUACUGGAUCCUGAAGAACAGCUGGUCAAAAACAUGGGGUGAAAGCGGGUACAUGCGGCUGGCAAGAAGAGCCCACAAUCACUGUGGGGUCGCAAGCAUGGCGAGUUAUCCCUUCCUGUAACCACCGAGUGGGACCCGAAUUCCAUCUCCCGGAAGCUUGCCAACUUCACAGCAGCCUUCAACUCUGAUCCUCUUUGAACUCAAUCUAUAUAUUACUAAAGCUCUCACGUCUGUUUGUUUGUUUGUAACCUUUAACUGGGCAAAACAGUGCAUCACAGGCCAAUGAUGUUUGAACCCGAGUACCUCAAAUGGGCCAACUUACAGAAUGCAUCCAAAAUC